AAAUUACAGGACAGCUUUCGUUUGAAGACAAAUGCCGAUUAUCUUGAUUUUUGGAUGUCAUCCGUUGCAUCACUAGCCACUCAGGACGAAAGGAAUUCGAAAUCUGACGUGUUCUCUAAACUCCCACCGGUGUUUUUAGUUUGCACUCAUGCUGACAAACCUAAUGAUGGAGGCAACCCUCGUGAGCUUGGCAGGAUGGUAUUCGGUCACUUGCGAACCAAACCCUACAAGGGCCACCUACAUGAUUUCUUUGUUGUUGAUAACACUAAGUCUGGCGAUGAAUUGGAAUGUCCAGAAGUCGUGCGCUUGCGCCAGGAAAUACGUGCCGUUGCUAAGGAGCUACCACAUAUGAAAGAAGCAGUUCCAAUCAGGUGGCUUAAGUUUGAAAAAGAAAUGCAAGUCACGAAGGAUAAGGGUUACAAGUGGAUUUUCCUUGAAGAGGCAAAAGAGAUUGCUACGGAUGUGUGUAACGUUGCUGACGAUGAAGAAUUUAGAACUUUACUGAAUUUUUUGCAUGAUCAAAGAGUUUUAAUACACUUUGAUGACACUCCAGAGCUUAACAAAAUGGUGGUCCUUGACGCUCAGUGGUUGAUUGAUGUUUUCAAGGAAGUUAUAACUAUUAGGCCAUUUGACAGCAGUGAGAAAAAAUUUGAAGAGCUUUGGCUUAGGCUUGAAAACGAAGGAAUCUUGGAAGAACCUCUUCUAGAACAUGUUUGGGGUUCUCUAUAUCACAAAGAGGACACUUGCCAGGGUCUCAUUGCGAUCAUGGAGAAGUUCAGUUUGCUUUGCUCUUGGCCUUUUUUGGAUGACUCAUGUAGUAAGCAGUACCUAGUGCCAUCCAUGUUAAUGUCGCACCCACCAGAAGAAAUAAUAGAGCUGGUUGUAUCUGCAGAAAUUCCCCCUCUCUUUAUUAAAUUUGAAUCUGGACAAGUUCCAUCUGGCUUGUUUCCCCGAUUGGUGCUGCAGUUUUUACAGUGGUGCAAUCAAGAAAGUGCCAGCCCAGAGCACCCUCAGCUUUACCACAAUUUUGUCAGGAUUUACAGUUUUGAAAAGGAAAAUUGUUCCGUAGUCCUCCUGUGCCAUAUGUCGUCAAUAGAGGUUGUGGCUUACAGAGGCAAUUACGGUCAUGAGGAGGCACACUGUUCAAAGUCAGAGAUAACUUCGCCUGUAGAUAACCACUGCGACCCCUUUGCUUGUGCAGUAUUGAGGCAACUGGAAUUGGUGCUUGAGUCCAUGCGAAGGGAAUUCUUUUGGCUACAGAAUAUGAAAUAUGAAAAAAGUUUCUUGUGCCCUGUUUGUUGUCGAAGAAAUGCAGUCAGCUACUGCCGCACACAUCGUACAAAAAAUUGCAAGCAAGAAGAAUGCUUGCACUUCUGGCCCGAGUCAAAGCUGUUCAGCGACAAGAAGAUGAUCUUUUGCACCAGAUCUGAAACUGCUAAGAUGAACAGAGUUUCGGUGAAAAACUUCGAGCCUUGGUUCUCUCCUAUGAGAAAUCAGCUUCCCAUUGAUAAAUGUGAUGAUGGAAAAUUAGCAUCCGUCGCAGACGGUGACGAAACUCUUUCAGCCGAUGAGGCUUUGAAAAUCCGUUUAACACAGCAGCGAGACGACCCAAAUAUUUCACCACAGCUAAAGGAGAGUCUUCAGCUGGAAAGAACAUGUCCUGAUUUGCUAGAUUUUGAUUGCAAGAGUGGUGAUAUGUUGCUCAACCCGGAUAAAACUACCGCAGCCACCGAAGUUACCCUUCCUGAUAAUGUUGAGCAAUCCCUCUUGUCAGAGUCCUUGGAUGCCAAACAGGUUGUUCUUCGACUAAUGGAGAACCUGCGACCGGACAAAGACGUUCUUGAAAGGCCAGACCCUGAUACCAAGAAAAUAGUCCGUAGUCUGGCACAGAAAGCAAAAGAUUUAAAGAGAGAUGAUGUCUUCGAACAUCUAAGAGAGAUUGCACCGGCUGGAACUACUGGUCCUCAUCUGCCGGAAAACCUUCAUGUCCUAGAUAUACCAGAUUCCGUUGCAAGGGAACUCACAAUCGACUUGGCUGGCGGAGACGAGUGGAAGGAGAUCGCUGAAGGCCUGGGUUUAACUCCACGGGAGAUUCGUUUCCUUGACAAGCGUCAUAGAAACCCAAUGGAUGCCGCUCUGGCCUUUGCUGCUAGGCAGGGUAGCUUGAGCGUGGGUGAACUGUACGACUUGUUGGAUGAACGUGGGUUUCCUAUGUUGGCUGAUCUUUUGUAAGCUGCCUAUUGCGAACAGAUAUGUUUCCGAACUCUACUUUAAAGAGCCUAAAAAACCUGACAGGGAUGGGCUCAACCUGUGUUUGGCGGUCACCAUGCCAUUUCCCGUGGGUGUCCGCUUAAUAGAGCUUUUACUGCAGUACAGGGUAGCACAAUUGAAAAUGAGCAUUUAAUCUAAUUUAUGCCGUAUCCAUAGGCAUUGGGGAGCUAACCAUAGCAUUUACCUUUUCGGUCAUACAAAGUAUUUGCGCGGCUUGACCACGUUCAUAGCGACGAGUAUACUAAGCAAAAUAAAUUUUCAUGGUGUAUUCCUGCUUAUGAUUGGUGUAGAAUAUUUAUGCCAACACGAUACCUAGACCACUUGAAUCUUGAUAGCUACGUUACAAAUGACAAUUAAUUUCAGGCAGAAAGUAAUUAGGGAUAGACAAAUUUAAAUUACAAAACCGAUAAGAGGCAAACUUAUGGAAGAGUCUCCUCUAUUUAACUUUUACGAGGACAUUAAAUCUAUGCAACGAAGAAUAAAAACAAACUAACAAACAAACAAAGAAAAACGAUGACAAUGAGCCUGAAACUGCAAAACACCAUUUGUAAAAUGGAGAGACUUUGGAGAGUAACUUUCUGGGCUACUUGCCCCUCAUUGUCACGUGUACUAUGAACCGUGUUUCAACAGCUAUUAGACAGCCUGUGUCUGUGUAUUAAAGUUGUGAAGGAUA